CUCAACUCCGCCCCGUCAACUCCGUCUGGAGAUCAUGUAACUCAAGUCUUUAUAUAAAAUGUGUAUUCAUCCAGUUCUCCUUUAGGAGCUUUCGAAUUAUAAAGUAAUCACAACAGAAACCAGCCAUGGCGGAAAAGCCCGAAGAAAGUCAAAGUACACCCCCAGUGUCGUCACCACCGUCAUCACCAGCUCCGGAAGAACCUUACAGCAUAUUCGACAAGCGGCAGAAAGCCCUAAUAAUUCUAGUCGUUUCAACAGCAGCAACUUUUUCUGGUUUCGCGUCGAACAUCUAUUUUCCAGCUCUCCCUACAAUUGCUCAUGACCUAGACGUGUCAGUAGAGCUCGUCAACCUCACUGUGACCUCGUACCUUGUUUCCCAGGGGUUAGCGCCUAGUCUUUGGGGUCCAAUUUCUGACGUCAGGGGUCGCCGGGUCGCUUACUGCUGCACAUUUUUGGUCUUUCUUGCUGCAUGCGUCGGUUUGGCAGAGGCAAAGAAUUAUGCCACUCUAAUUGUGCUCAGAUGUCUGCAAAGUACUGGAAGUGCGAGUACGAUCGCGAUCGGGUCUGGUGUGAUCGGCGAUAUUACUACUCGUGCUGAACGUGGAGGCUUCAUGGGCAUAUUCCAGGCUGGACUGCUCGUGCCUGUAGCUGUUGGCCCGGUUAUCGGAGGUGCUCUGGCCGGGUCCUUGGGUUGGAGGGCCAUAUUCUGGUUCUUGACCAUCUACAGCGGCGUCUUCCUGAUCUUCCUAAUCAUCCUGCUCCCAGAAACUCUGAGGUCCAUUGUCGCUAACGGAAGUCGGACACCAUCUAAUCCAAUCGCCAGUUUUCCCCUGCGCAUUUAUCAGAAAACCACCAAGGUCCAAUGGAAUCCGACAGCGACUAGCUCGCAGCCCGCCGAGAGAAAACGUAUUGAUGUGACAGGCCCUCUUCGAAUCCUAAUCAGCAAACAUGCAUCCCCUAUCAUCGUCUUUCUCGCCAUUUACUACGCUGUCUGGCAAAUGAGUAUCACCGCUAUGUCCUCUCUUUUCGAGGAAAGAUACGGUCUUACCGAUACCCAAAUUGGCCUAACAUUCAUCGCCAACGGCGCAGGAUCCAUGAUAGGCACACUCAUCACCGGCAAGGUCCUCGAUAUCGACUACCGCCGUGUCAAAGCGCAACAUGAGAGUCGUUCUACCCAUUCAGAUGUCGAACAGUCUAACAGCUUAGACCAACACGCUACUAACCCCGAGGACUCUUUUCCUCUAGAAAAGGCACGUCUUCGUCUUGUGCCAGUCUUCUCUUCCGUUCAAUGCUUAUCCAUCCUUCUUUUCGGCUGGACGAUUCAAUAUCCCGAUCGCGUUCAUAUUGCUGUCCCUAUCGUUUCCACGUUCAUUACCGGUUGGACUGCCGUUUCCACACAAUCGGUGGUCAUGACCUACCUCGUGGACAUUUUCUCCGAUCGGAGCGCCGCGGCCAGCGCAAGUUUGAACCUCGCCCGAUGCUUGUUUGCCGCUGGCGGUACUAGUUUCAUAAUGCCCAUGAUCAGUAGCAUCGGUGUUGGUCUCGCAUUUACAGUCUGCGUGAUUGUACAAGUUAUCGCGAUGUUAGGUGUCGUUAUUCAAUGGAAGUUUGCUCCAAAGUGGAGGAGGGAGGUAGAAGGGGUUGAAGAAGACAAGACCCAAGGUUAAGAUCUCAACAAGGAAGAAGAUCCCACUAUGAGAGGAUUGAUUACAAUAUUCAAAGUUCUAUUCUAAAAGUCGCAUGGCUAAAACUACAGUGUUAACUUAAUCUAAUAUAGGUAGGUUCA